UUUUGUUUGUUUGUGUUUUUUUUGUUGCUUGCAACAAUACAAAGCAGAGCGUGCUGCAGCAACAGCAGCGUGUCACGUUCAGGUUGCUGCACUGUUGCGCUCGCUUUUUGGACUGGACUACACUCCAACACCUUGCUCAUUCCUCAUCAGCCUCCACCCCAUCCACACACAUACACACAUCCACACAUCCCCACAUACACACAUACACACAUACACACAUCCGCAUAUACGACGCACACAUCCACACAUACACACACGCCCGCACACACCCCUCUUUACAUGCUUUGCGAUCACUGGUGUGGCCAUGACAGCGUGCAGCGACAGGAUGAACGUGAUUGUGUUGAGCCUCUUCCUGCUCCUCCUGACAGUGAGCCAUGCCAACGCGACAGCUACACCAACACUGCGAACAGGGACCCCGAGCGCUAGCACAUGUCAGUUUGAUGGGUGCGAUGAGCUGUGUACGCGCUCCUUCUUGCUGAACUCAAGCGCGGCAACGCUGGCUCCCGGUGCCGCCAGCACGUGGCCUGUGGUGACUGCAGGGCAUCCGCUGUCCGCGUGCACAAGCUGGAACGACGUCAUCAUCUGCAGCACCGCCAACGCCACGGUGCUCAACUCGCAGCCGGGCGUCUACGCCAUGCGCCCUUCUGCCAGAACACCCAGGGCUCAGCUGGCCGCGCGAAGCAACCGCUCUGCAAGCGUGCAAAGCAAUCACCCUUCUGCAGACGCACUGAAGCCGGGCGACCCAGCCAUCAUCUGGGAGACAAAGGAGGUGCUGGGAAGCCGCGCGUUGCCGCUCCUGGACCUGGCUGGUGACAGCUUCUCUGUGGACGGGCUCAUCCUGUAUGGGGCAAACGUCAUUGGCACACCACUUGGCCAACCCGUGCUCAUCAAGCCGUACUUGGGCGCCGUUCACUCCAUGACUGGAACCACCAACGGUGUCAUGCUGAUACCGUCCCUGAACGGCCCAAUGGCUGCAUACCUCACCAACGGCGUGCCGCACGCCUCCCUUUGGCUCAAUGACACGGUGCAUGGCGUCAACGGUACAUUCACAGCCCUUCACACACCCGUUGUCUUCGGGAACCGUGCCAUCUUCCUCACCCGCUUCCAACCCGACGCCACCACCGCUGGCCGGUCAACACAUGUGCACUCUUCUUCACCGCCACGAAUGACACGCGCGAUGCCGGAAUCGAGCAGACCUUUUGCUCAGCAGCAACAACAACAGCAACAACAACAACAACAACAACAACAACAACAACAACAACAACAACAACAACAACAACAACAACAACAACAACAACAUGUGUGCCGGUUGUAUGCCCUGGACGUUCAGCGCACCAUCUCUGAUCGUCUGCAGAUUGCCUGGUUCACCACGGUGCCGUGUCCGCACUCUGCCGUCACCAAGACAAGUGCACCUGUGCACUCUGUUGAUAGUACACUGGCACAACACCCGUCUUCUACCCAACACACCUCAGGGUCGCGCCGUUCCGCUCGCCACAACAGCGGUGCAGACAUAGCAGCUCCGUGGACACCGGCGGUGAUAGGGUUUCAUGACAGCAGUCAGGUGUGCAUGGUGCUAAGCGCAACACCAGCCACAGCACAGCAGCAAGGCCCUGUGGGCCCAGUACAUGCAGCUAACACCUCAACUACGCUGCAUUGCGUGUCCAUGCUCACAGGCAACACAACAGCAACAGCACCACUCACACCUGCACAUUCCAAAGCGAGGCCAGAGGAGGAUGUGCACAGCUUCUGCCGGUUCGCAUCACGCACCCAGCCGCAGCAAGAAGGUGAAGGUGACAUGCAUGCGCAUGCCUGGCAGCAGCAACAAGAGGUUGUGUUUGCCCUCACCGUAUUCCUCAACCACAGCACUGCGGACACAGCGCCAUCCUCGUCGUCGCGCGUUGGGCGUGUUGCGCGGUUGGUCAUGCUGAACGCAACCACAAUGGAGACUGUGAGUGCUGUGGACAUCAGCGGAGACACACCGGCGGGCAACGUGUUGGGCGUCAGCCCUCUUGCUUGCGUGGCGACAGCAGACGGUGCAGGAUCCCUGUUGUUUGGCACGGUGAGCGCUGCUGGCGCAUACACGAUGCAUGCGUACGAUGCCACGACGUUGCGUCGCACACACCGUCAGACGUUGGGUGCAUGUGCUUCUGCCCCUCACCACACUGCGCAGCUUGUGGGCAUGGCACCUGCCACCAUCGUUGCUCCGUGCUCAGACACCGUUUUCUUUGUGAACAUGGCUUCUUGA